AUGAACAAUUGGCAGCAUUCCUUUACGCACUCUGUGGACCUUAUAGAGCAUUUGAAGAAACCAUACCUCCGAUAUGACGAUAGGGAAAAGGAGGCAACAAGUACGAGUUUUGAUGCAAGGGCAAACUUAGUAUGGGUUGGGGACAGCUACGGAAGGAUUUCCUCUUACGAUCCCAAUUUUUCCUUGUAUAGCCGUUUCACAGCUCAUAUUGGUGGAACGGCGGUCAGGGAUGUUCUGACUCAUAGGGAAGGUGUCCUGUCGAUUGGUGACGAUUCGUUGCAUUUUGCAAACCGCCGAGGUAUCGCGCUGCUCAACCUGACAAGCGUGGAUGUUGCAGCUUUCGAUUCACUUAAUGCCAUGUGUUUGGGUACGUCAGAUCAGCACGAUGAAGUUUAUUGUGCAGGUAGCAAUUUAGCUUCGGGUAUUGUGCGUAUCAAUCUGAGUCGAGGAUGUGUGGGGUCUAUAAUGAGCUACUCAUCGAAGGUGAAGCUGCUGUCGUCCAAUAACAAGCAUAUAUGUAUUGGCAAGCAAAGCGGAGGGAUUGAUAUUUUCGAUCCGCUCUCAGAUAGCAUCGUGAAGUCAUUCCCGGCUCAUUUGGGGACUAUAUCUGCAAUGGACACGCGGGGAUACAAUCUUGUGGCUGUCGGAAAAUCGAGACGAUUCAACAGCUUGUAUGCCGAUCCCUUUGUGAACGUCUAUGACCUGCGAAUGAUGCAGCAGCUGCCACCUGUAUCUUUUUCUAAGGGCACGACCAUGGGGGCUGGUGGCGCGGAUUUCGUGCAACUUCAUCCGCUUCUACCAACGGUCGUUCUGGUAGCCUCGCAGUCCGGUUCAUUUGACUUCGUAGAUCUAGUGAAUCCAACUCUGAGAACUCAACAUGUUCACCCUAUUCAACCCAUCAAAGAUAUCAAGCUAUCACCUAACGGAGAUCAUCUUAUUUUUGUCGGAAAUGACAACGUCAUGACAACGUGGACGAGAUCUGCAGAUUCGACCUCUUUCACUAGCACACCAGAGAUAUGGGAAUAUCCUGAUUUCGUUGACGAUGGUGAUGUUCCAAGCGUUUCCGUAGACGAUUAUGGUUAUCCGUUGAGCAGCGUUGGAAUGCCCUACUACAGUCAAAAGCUUCUUUCUGCGUGGAAUAAUGUCGUUUUUCGAAGUCCCGGCACCAUUCCUAUGCCAAUCGAUACAUCAAUACAGUCUUCAGCUAAAAUGCAGGUCUCUAAAAAUGGAUCAUCACCCGAUGUGAAAACGUAUGCACUCAUGCACUAUGACAAGAACAAAUUCGGACCUAGGAAUACGCUACAACCCUAUAUAUGUCUCAGAGACGUGAGGAAAAGAAUAGCGUCUGGCACAAUUCCGGAUGACGUUUUGCGGUACAAGCCGCUAAAGGAAGGCGAGAUUCCCCCUGCAUACGGUAAGCUACAGUUAAGCCAUGGGCGCUAUGGUUCGGAUAAUUUUGAUUUUCAAGCAUUCAACAAGACACCAUUUUCGACUCUAGAUACGGACGGCGAUAAUACAUAUACAAACGCCGUUUUACAACUGUAUCGCUUCGUACCUGAGGUGUUCAACUUUGUUGUUGGCUGCUUAAAGAAUGAAAAUUUUGAGUCCAAUUCGCUUCUUACUGAGUUAGGCUAUCUGUACGAUAUGAUAGACAGGUCAAAAGGUACAGUAUGUCGAUCCACAAAUUUCCAGAGUUCCCUGAAUUCCAUUGAAAAGGCGAAGGAAUUGGGCCUAACGACGACAUUUCCGAAUGAUUUACAAAUGCUUGAACGGCUUAACAUAGCAAAGGAGAAGAUUUCAACAGGUCCUGAAAGGCUUCAAAGAAGCUUAGGCCAGAAGUUCAAUGAAUUUCUGCUAACGAGACUAAUUGAAGAGGAAGCAGGCAGAGAUGCAAACAGCAUGGUUUUAAAGGAACUUUUUGGUUUUCAGCUGGACUCAAUCGUCCGCUCUAGCUCUCAGCACUAUGAGAAAUCGACCAGCACAGUUCUCACUUUGACUCUGCUGUCACCUGCAAGGAAUGGUUUCAAAUCAGUCGGCAAGCGCUCAGGCAAUCAGACUAUUUUACCCUAUCUGGAAUCAUCUAUGAAGAGAGUGAAGCAUAUCAAUAACAGCAAACUAGAAACUGUCGGUUAUGAAAGAACGGUUAAGAACCUUCCGCCGAUCCUUUCUUUAAAUAUUCUUCUAACAGACUCUGAAUGGAAUAUUGCUAAAUCCAACCGCAACUGGCUAGCCAAGGAUUUUUACGCUACUAUGUCCAAAGACAAAGCUCUUCUUCAGCCGACCCUCAAAGAUCUGAAGGGAAAUAGCCCGAUAUUCAAGUAUGAAUUAAACGGCUAUGUGGCUAAGGUGACCGACAAUAAUUGCGAAUCACGUCUCGUAACGUAUGCCCGAAAAUACGAUAGAGCGUCAGAUCAAUUCAAAUGGUACAUGUUUAAUGGGUACCUGGCGAUCGAAAUUGAAGAAGAAGAAGCUCUCGAUAUAUCAUAUUGGUGGAAGACACCUGAAAUGAUCAUAUACUGCGAUGCCGAGGAAAUUCGAAAGCCUUUUUUCUCUGUGGAUACAUACCCAAUUAAUUGCGAUAUCCUAUAUCGCGACCAUUUUGCUAAUAAGCUAAAAGAGUCCGCGAAACUGGAGUACAAACUUCUAACAAAGGAGGAGGCACCUCAACCCGGAAGCCUGGUCGCGAUCGAUGCAGAGUUUGUUAUUUUAAAUGAGGAAAUGAGUGAUAUCGAUUGCCAUGGUGUCAAAACCAUAGUCAAACCUAAAAAGACAGCGCUCGCUAGACUUUCCGCAAUCCGAUGCGCAGACGGGCCUCUUUUUGGAGUUCCCUUUAUUGAUGACUAUAUUUUCAACGAGGGGCCAAUCGAAAACUAUGUUACAAAAUACAGCGGUAUUUCGCCAGGUGAUUUGGAUUUAAAAACCAGCUCAAAGCCUUUGGUUUCUAGAGAGGUAACUUACAGAAAAGUUUGGCUCUUAAUGCAAAUUGGUUGUGUAUUCGUUGGCCACGGUCUAAGUAAUGACUUCAAACACAUCAACAUUAACGUACCAGCCGCACAAAUAAGAGAUACUGCCUUAUAUUUUUUGAGAGGAAAACGUUACUUGUCGCUGAGAUACCUCGCCUUCGCUCUGCUCGAUAGAAACAUCCAAGAGGGGAACCAUGAUUCGAUAGAAGAUGCAUACACUGCUUUGAUCUUGUACCAAAAAUAUUUGGACCUUCAGAAAAACGGUACAUUGGAGCAUGUAUUAGAUAGAAUAUAUUCAGAGGGGAGGGCCCUGAAUUAUCGGGUUCCCCUCUAG